AUGUCAUCCGGCAACCCGCCUUGCUGGUGUCCGGCAGCAGGGAGCGCCAACAGUGCUGCUCCUAUCGCCACUAUCCAAACACCUGCUCUAAAGGCGCCUGCGGUGCGAGCACGGCGCCGAGCCUGCCACAGUAUUAGCGAUGUUUGGGGAGAGAGUUGCGAGACUUGGUGGGAAAACCUCCAUGGCGACUACAUACAUGCUGAACCCUGCCGUACUACUGCACAUCUUGCCGGCCAAGUAGAACAGCACGGACGCCCCCACACAGCUGGGGGAAAAGUCCCAUUAUCUUCCAAUAUUAUUAUGAGCAAGAGUGGAUUAGCUCAUAUUCGAAAUUUCCAACUUACCCUUAGAUACAAAAGCUGA